AUGCCCAUCAAGACUAAAUUCGACUUUCCAAAGCUAAUGGCGAUGCAAAGGUCUGCCGUCUACCAUCAUCUCCUGUUUUGGGAAAAGUCCAAGCUACGUCAAGUUGCCAAGGCCGAUUCUACAGAGCAAGAGCUGCAUUUUGGUACCAUUGACAGCUCUGUAGGACAAAAGGUCCACCUCGUUCUAACGGACCAGUACCACGAUGAAGACCUCCCCAACUUGUCGAGCUACAACGAAACAUUCGAACAGGUUCAUGCU